GGACGAUAUUCUUUUGCUUCAUUCCAAACUUUUCGCAGUCGACCAGAAAAUUGUGACCAAUUCGUUCCAAAUUGCUCCGUUCCUACUAGAAAACGCUGAGCAAUGGUAUCAAAGAAAAGGAAAGAGCACGGCAAGAACUUGGGCGUCUUGGGACCUGCUGCCAAGAAACAGAAACGGCUCGAAAAAUCUUUCGAUCAAUUAAAAAAGGAUAACGACGCCUACGUGCUUGAAAUUGAUGAUUUAAAGGAAAAUAUAAAAGAUCAGACGUCGUUACGAGAAAAAGCUGAAAACUUGAAUGAGAGUCUGAAAACGAAAGUUGAGGAUUUGGCUAAGAAAGUAGAUUCUAUAGAAGGCGAAAUAGAAUUCGAAAAACGAUCUCACAGUGAUACGAAAAAGAAGUUGGGAAAGUUUGCGGAUGAAACUUUCGUAAAGGAAGAAAAGCUCGAAAGAAUUAAUGAGGAAAUGAGUGAAAAUUUGAGAAAACUGGCACUAAAACCAGCGUCAGAAGCAAAUAAAAAGUAUCACCAGUUGUCACAGCCAACUAAAAACAAGAGAUGUGAGACGGUUUUGGAGUGCAUCCAGACUUAUGUGGGAACGGAUGAAGCCGAUAUUUUCAUUGUGGACUUCGUGAAAUAUGUCUCGAAACACCGAAGGUUCAAAUUUCGAACUAGAUUUACGACUGAAGAGACGUUUUGUGCUGUAAUUAAAUUCAGACUGUCGGACGGAUUUUUGAAAUCUUUCAAAAGUUUCUCUCAAAAAACGCUCGGAUUCGACAUCUUUGGCUCUCGAAAGGAAGUUGACGAGCACAGAAAGAAAUUGCAAGUGCAUCAAGAAUAUGAGAUUUCGAUCGAAAGUUCAACUACAAAAACUCGCAUUGGACGUGAGAUUCCCAUUCAAAAUAUUAUCGCGGUCUGCAAAAAUGUUCCUGAAGUUACGAGAAGAAGAUUAGAAACUUUGUCUGCCAAUGACAACCUGGUUUUCGAUGAAGGGAUAGGGGAUGAUAUUAUCAUCUCCGCAGAUACCGGUGAUGGAGUAACAAAAGUUUGUAUGUCUAUCGAGAAUUGUCAGAAGCCAAACAGCAGUCUCACCGAGACGGCUCUUGGAUGGUACACUGGUACAGACAAUUACACAAAUCUGAAAAAGUAUUUCGCGGGGAUUUUCGAGCAGCUCGAAAAAAUGACAAGCAUUCGUUAUCAAGAAAAAAAUGCACUCGUUAUUCGAAAUAUUCGUCUGAAAUUGGUAGGAGAUCUGAAAUUUGAGUCAUCUGCAAUGAAUCAUCCAGGACAGGCAGCUUCAGAUUCUUGCAUUUUUUGUACCGGCAGAUGGGCUCAUUCUGGUAUGAAUAAGGCUACAGUUCAAUCCUUCGAAUUUGAUAGAUCGGGCCCUCUUCGUACAUUGCGUGGUAUGAUAUCAGCAGGGUAUCAUCCAUUACUCCACAUUGAGCCAUUUUGUAUCGUACCACCUUGUUUGCAUCUUCUGAUGGGAUUGGUAAAUGACUAUAUCUUGGCUUCACUUUUGGCACUUGCCAAUCAAAUCGACUUCCCUGGACAGGAUCUUCCAGACUCUAUGAACGAACAGAGAAUGGAAUUGGGAAUAGUUCAGAAAGAAGAAAAAUUUUGCCAAAAAGUGGUUGAAAGUCUGCAAAACGCCCUUGUGCUCACGACGAAAAUCAAGGAAGUUUAUGAGAGUCGACUAAAGCAGAAUAAUAUCAAACGUUCGUCGAUAUCUUGUGGAUCUCCAACAUGCUGCGUCAGUGAUAUGCCAAAAAGCCAACAGGAUCAAGAUAUCUUCUUCUGCGUUGCUUGUCCAUUUGCAAUUCAUAUGGUGUGUGCUGGUAGAUAUACGGAGGAUCAACGCCAGGCAGCUAAACAUCAUCCGACUGCUUGUUUAAAAUGUCAAGAAAAACAUAUUCUUUCUAAUGAGGAAAUGAUUGAACAUGCUAAUGAGGCACUUGAUGAGCUUGCCAGGCGCUUACAACACGAGACAAGCCAUCUUAGUAACUUGAAAGCUGCUCGCCAAGACAUGACAACGGCUAUUUCGACUCGAACUGGGCCAACAAAACAGAAACUCGAGGAAGUUUUGGAUUAUAUUGGCUGUAGUCAAAAAAUUAACUAUCAGGGAUUAACCGGAAAUCAAGUUCGCCAACUACUAAGGACAGAAAACAUUGACAAAGUACUAAAAGUCUUCACGGACUGUAGUUGGAUCCAGAAUAUGAGAAACUUCAUGAAUGAUUUGGCGUCACUCAUGUCAGCAAGCAAUAACGCAGUCUUCACAGAUGAUGAUUUGAAUGAUUUCGCUAAAACUUUGAAGAACUUGAAGAGAAACAUCAGAAUUCUUCAUCCUUCGAUGGGAGUCACUCCUAAACUUCACAUCCUCUGUACUCACCUCGAGCCUUACAUUAGAGCAAAAAGAACUUGGGGUCGUACUUCAGAACAAGGGAUGGAAGCGUUUCAUGUGCUCUUCAGGACAACAGAGACGCGAUUUUCUUCUGUGAUGUCUCUCAAGCUACGCGCUGAGUUGAUGAUCGACUAUUUCGCUAACAUCAACUAUAUUUCCGAUAAAAGAAACUAGUGACAGCAAACAUUUCUAGGAAACCGUUUUUAUAGUACAUCUCUCUCUCUCUCUCUCACUCACAUGUUUUUUUUUCGAUUAAAUCAAUUAAACGAGCAGAAAAGCCAUGAAUGAU